UGGGAUACUCGGCAGUGGCGCUUAAUCAUGUCAUCGAUUUUAAAGAAAAGAAACAGGAAAUUGUCAAGCCAGUGCCUCCUACAGAGUUGUUUCCAUCUUUGCCUAUUGUACAGGGGACAUCUAAACAAAUUAAAGUCUUAAACCGGCUAACACUUGUUGUUUCUGAUCCUUCUCACUGUAAUCUCUUGCGAUCAACAUCUACAAACAUAAGGUUAUAUGACAUCAUAGCAGUAUUUCCUAAGACCGAGAAACUGUUCCAUAUUGCUUGCACAACCCUAGAUGUGGAUCUGGUAUGCAUAAAUGUAACAGAAAAGCUACCAUUCUACUUCCGAAGGCCUCCUGUGAAUGUGGCAAUAGAGCGAGGCAUUUACUUUGAACUUCUUUACGCAUCUGCCAUCAAAGACUCCACAAUGAGAAGAUACACAAUUUCAAAUGCGAUCAGCCUGAUGCAGAUCUGCAAAGGAAAGAACAUUGUUCUGUCAAGUGCAGCUGAAAAGCCUCUAGAACUACGAGGUCCUUAUGACGUGGCUAAUCUAGGUUUGCUGUUUGGCAUGUCAGAAAGUGAUGCCAAGGCAGCCGUGUCUACCAACUGCAGAGCGACCCUGCUGCAUGGAGAAACGCGGAAGAGUGCCUGCGGGGUGGUGUACACAGUGAAGAAGCCUCGCAAAGUUGAGGAGGAAGAAACAACACUGCCAGCCUGUAAAAAAGCCAAGACUCAAGUUUGAGGACCAAAUCUGGUGUUAACAGAAACCUCUGUACCGUCUUUGCCCAGUGCUGUGUCUUCCUUCCAACUCUCCAACCAGCUCAGUUCCUCGCUUGCUGCUUCAUUUCGUCCUGAGGAAAACUAUUCUUCUUGUGCUCAAGUGAGAGAGCUGUGGGGAUAGGACUGCUGAAUAGCUCGUCACACCUGAAAGAUGAUCC